AUGUCGUCUGUUACAGGCCCAGCCUCAGACACCAGCCUGUUCUGGACUUACCAAGCCUCCAACCUAAUGCUGAUACACUUGGGCCUGGUGUCUCCUGGCUGGCUUCUCCAGGCCUGUGAAAAGGACUCUCAGUGUGGAGGAGGGACGUGCUGUGCAGUCAGCUUAUGGAUCCACAGCCUGCGUGUGUGCAUGCCUAUGGGACAGGAAGGAGCCGACUGUCACUCUUUGAGUCACAAGGUUCCUUUCUUUGGGAAAAGACUCCAUCACACCUGUCCCUGCCUGCCCAACCUGUCCUGUGUUGCCAUUGGCCAGGGAAAAGCCAAAUGCCUCUCACCUUAUGAGUAUCCAGAAUAUUUCUUCUGAAGAUCAAAAGACCUUGCCUUGUACAUCUUUACUGUAUGACUUUGUGUUGCCAUGAAAACCACCUUCCACUGUUUUUCCAUCCUUCCAUUUUCUUCCGCUUAUCUGGAAGAAAAUGGAAGGGGGUAGCAGCUUAAGAAGGGAUUUCCAGACUUCCCUUUCCCCUGCCACUUUGUCCAGCUCCUCCGUGGAAUCGGAAGUCUUUCCCAGGCCAGCCGUAAACACAGUCCCACCAGCGUGUCCUAGGUCUUCCUCUAGGCCUUCUCCACUGUUUUUGUAUUACUGUAUGUAAAUAGAGGUGUUGAUUCUUCUGGAAGUAAAGCGUUUCAACAAGACGUUACAGCUGCUAUUUUCGUUUUUCUAUCUUUACUGCCUGAUCUUUCUCUGUUUACCAUUCUCUUUACAUGUUUGUGGGUUUAAUGUGACAAAAGUAGAAAAAAGUUCAAAGUGUGUACCUUUACAAAUGGAUGUGUAAACAAGCUAUCUUCAUAAAACCAGAUGCUCUGAAGGACUUUAGGCAAACCUUUCUGCUCCCACUCAUAAAGGCAUGAACAAAAAACAUUAUUCUGUUGAAAAUUACAUGACACGCUAAGUAAAUGAGCACCUCUCUGACCACGCCGUGUAUAAAGAAAAACCCUGUGGGCGUUUUAAUUGGUGUCUGAAGCUGAAUAAUGAUCUGACCUUAAAAGCAGAUGGCCUCUCGCUAGAAAUGGUCAUGUCGAAAUUAUUCAUUGAUGCGUAGUGCUCUGAGGCAUUUCGUUUCUCAAGGUGAACAUAAAAAUUACAUUUCUUUCAAUUUCAGUUUGAAGUGAUAACUCAUUAAAUUCAACACCAUACAGACCCAUUCAGUAGAUUAGAAUUGAAAAGUCCAUUCAUGUCAAGAACUUUAUCACAAAGCAAAACCCUAUAUAGAUUAAAUACACUGAUUUUUGUUUGAAAGACUUUAUUUCUUUAAUUGAGAUGAUAUUCUGCUUAUAGUUCAUGGCAACAUAACAUUUAAAAUUAGAAUAUUACAUCAGACCAAUAAAAGAAUAUUUUUAAAACAAAAAUGCAGCUUUAGUGAAAAGUGUUUAAUGGUUGUCAAUUUUCAAAAACUACUUUUAAUCUGACAAAUGAGCUUCACUGAAAUGCACAUUGUAAUUUAAUUAAGAUGA